AUGACUCGAAGAGUCGCUGUGGUACCACUCCCUAAAGGGCCUGAAGCUAGCGAUAAUCGUAGCUCUCUAGAGAUCGAUUCGAAAUACGAAGUAUCCUAUUCUGGCCGUUCGACUACAAAAGAAAUCGAACCUAUUAAUAAUGCAACAUGCGUUUCUCCAGAAAAUAUCUCAUUCAUAGACGACGUUUCCCAACCCAGUAAAACUUGCAAUGAAGCAAAUACACCCCAACAGAUAUCGUCACCUCCGGGAUACAUACCUCGUGAGGAGCGUGAGAAACGUCUCAGGCAAUGGGCAGUCGAUCACGGUGAAGAUCCAGAUAAGUUCGUUACUAUUACUGAAAAAGAUAGGAAUUUAGCAUAUACGUACCAUGAUAGAUUGUGUUCGGACGCAGACAUGAUCCAAUUCGCAAAAGAUACCGAUGACGACCCAAAUACAUUGAUGGACAUGUCUAGACGAGAACGAUUAAUAAGUGAGGAAAUUAUGCUCCGACUGUAUGAAGACGAUGGCAAGCCCCGAGCAAGGAGUUAUGAUGAUGAGGAAUGGAUAGAAAAAAUAACGAUACUCCAAGAGAAUGGUUAUUUAUGGUAA